UGUUUUCCUAAGAAGGAGGGAGGUUUGGGGUUGAAAAGACUUGAAGUUUGGAAUCAAACAUCUAUGCUUAGGCAUAUUUGGAGCAUUUUUGCUAGGUCUGGUUCCAUUUGGGUUGCAUGGGUAAGAGAAAAUCUUUUAAAGAGAAAGAGUUUUUGGAGUGUAGGCAUUUCUCAGAACUGUUCUUGGAGUUGGAGGAAAAUCUUGAAGCUGAGAGAUAUUGCCAAAAGAUUCUUAAAGUUUGAAGUUGGGAAUGGGGAUAAUAUUCAUAUGUGGCUGGAUUUGUGGCAUCCUGCAGGGAUAUUAAUUGAGCAAUAUGGCUUUAGGGUUGUUUAUGAUGCUCAAAGUAAUAUUGAAGCUAAACUGUCUUCUGUCAUUUGCAAUGGAGAUUGGUUUUGGAGACCUGCGAGAUCAGAAGCUUUAGUUGACAUUCAAGCUAGACUUUCUGAAGUUUGCUUGGGCCAGUUUGAUAAGCCUAUUUGGCUUGGUUCUAAGAAGGGUGUCUAUGUUAGUGCAGAAACUUGGGAAGCUCUUAGAGAGAAGAAUACAGAGGUUAUUUGGUGGAAAUUGAUUUGGUUCCCCCUUGCUAUCCCUAAACAGGCCUUUAUCUUGUGGCUUGCAAUGAAAAAUAGGCUUCUUACAGUUUUAGUUCUAGAAUAUGGAAAUAUUGCAUGGUUCGUUGCAGGGUGGAUAGGCCUCCUAUUAUUUGGGAUCAUCUUGUGCAGUUAGGAUGUAAUUGCUGGGGCAAUAAAUCUCUUAAUUGCUUGUUAUGUCGGUGGUUUUUGGUUCUGUAGUUUAUAACCUUUGGCGUAC